AUGGUCCCUCCUGCCGUGGCAUUGCUUCAAACCCUUGGCGUCCAUGGUGGUGUCUGUAGGGGAUCGAGGGGAGGUGAAGAUGGCCCGUCGCUACUGUUCUUGUCCGCCAAGCCGGUGGUGGUCGGGUCCGAGGCUUGCGACCGGGCGUUUGGAUCCAAGUCAUCUCUGGUGCUGAGAUGGACGGGUCUGACAGCAGUGGGUGCGGGUUCUUUUGGUGGUAUCGGCAGCCGCGGUCGGUUUGGUGCGGGGGCGUCUUGGUUGGCAGGUCUCUCGGAGCGGCUCAUGGGUGGCGCCUCUGGACGGGAGGUCCAUCCUGAUUCAUCUCCUUCUCGACAUGCUCCGCUCUUAGUCACAUGUCGUCCUCCUCGUCGUCCCCUCCAACUUCACGAAGAGACUGAAGACGAGUAUGAAGAACCACUUCCCCUUGCCAACCUGCCCAAUCAACCCAUGAAAUUCCUAUGGGUGCACCUAUCCCUGGGGCUACACACACCAUGA